AGUUUUCUCUUAAUAUGGUUUCCUUUGCUUUGCAGGCGCUUAAAUACUUUAAACAAAUGUGCAGUGAUGAAGCUAGAAAUCAGUCCCCACAGAAAAAGGAGUGAAGAUUCAGAUGAAGACGAACCAUGUGCAAUAAGCGGCAAAUGGACUUUUCAGAGGGACAGCAAGAGGUGGUCAAGGCUUGAAGAACUUGAUGUGUUCCCUCCAAAGCCGGAUGUUAACAUCUCCUCCUCCUCAGAGGCUCCUCUCCUCCCAAAUGCAGCCAGCUGCGAGAGUGUGCUCACUGAUCUCAGCGAGCGGCAAGAGGUGGCCUCUAUUCUCAGCACCAGCAGCACCAGCAGCCACCAGCCAACCCUGCAGAGCGAGGCCUCUAGCACCAGGACAAACUCAGUUGUGAGCAUUUGUUCAUCCAGCAAUUUUGUAGCAAACGAUGAUUCGUUCAGCAGCCUGCCUUUGCCCAGCGAGUUGAAUAGCUUCAGCUUCAACACAAAAGCAAAUGAGAAGAACACUAAAUCUAAAACUAAGAGCUUGCUCAAGAGGAUGGAGAGUCUGAAAAUCAAGAGCUCUCACCAUGGCAAGAACAAAGCUCCUUCAAAGCUUGGCCUUAUUAUUAGUGGGCCCAUCCUGCAGGAGGGCAUGGAUGAAGAUAAACUGAAACAACUUAACUGUGUGGAGAUUUCUGCCCUCAAUGGCAAUCACAUCAGCCUUCCCAUGGUACGAAAAAGGAGCGUCUCCAAUUCUACCCAGACAAGUAGCAGCAGCAGUCAGUCGGAGACGAGCAGCGCUGUCAGCACACCCAGCCCUGUCACGCGCACACGCAGCCUCAGUGCAUACAAUAAAAGGGUGGGCAUGUACCUGGAAGGCUUUGACCCCUUCAACCAGUCAACGUUCAGCGAUGUGAUGGAGCAGAAUUUCAAGAACAGGGGAAGCUUUGCAGAAGACACUGUUUUUUUUAUUCCAGAAGAUCAUAAGCCUGGCACUUUUCCCAAAGCGCUCUCCAAUGGCAACUUCUCCCCAACAGAAAGCAAUGCGUCUGUGAACUGGAGGACAGGGAGUUUCCAUGGACAUGGCCAUCUCACUCUUCAGAGGGAAAACAGUGGAGAUAGCUCCAAAGAGCUGAGCAUGGGGAAAAGGCGCAACUCUGCUAGCUCAUUGAGCAGCCGCCUGAGCAUUUAUGACAAUGUGCCAGGCUCAAUCCUGUAUUCCAGUACAAGUGACCUGGCUGAUCUGGAAAAUGAAGACAUAUUUCCAGAACUAGAUGACAUCUUGUACCAUGUAAAAGGGAUGCAAAGAAUAGUAAAUCAGUGGUCAGAGAAGUUCUCGGAUGAAGGGGACUCUGACUCAGCACUCGACUCCAUCUCCCCAUGUCCUUCCUCCCCAAAGCAGAUCCAUCUUGAUGUAGAUAAUGAUCGAACAACACCAAGUGAUCUUGACAGCACAGGGAAUUCACUUAAUGAAACAGAAGAGCCCUCGGGGAUGCAGGACAGAAGGGACUCUGGAGUGGGUGCUUCACUGACACGGUCCAGCAGGCACAGGCUGAGGUGGCACAGCUUCCAGAGCUCUCAUCGGCCCAGCCUCAGUUCAGCCUCUCUGCAGAUCAAUUGCCAGUCUGUGGCACAGAUGAACCUGCUGCAGAAGUACUCACUGCUGAAGUUAACUGCUCUCCUGGAGAAAUACACACCUUCCAACAAGCAUGGCUUCAGCUGGGCAGUACCAAAAUUUAUGAAAAGGAUAAAGGUGCCAGACUAUAGAGACCGAAAUGUAUUUGGAGUACCAUUGCAAGUCAACGUCCAGCGCACCGGGCAGCCCCUUCCACAGAGCAUUCAGCAAGCCAUGCGGUACCUCCGUAACCACUGCCUGGAUCAGGUUGGACUAUUUAGGAAAUCUGGAGUAAAAUCAAGAAUUCAGGCUUUGCGUCAAAUGAAUGAGAGUUCAACAGACAGUGUCAACUAUGAAGGCCAGUCUGCCUACGAUGUAGCAGACAUGUUAAAGCAAUUCUUCCGUGACCUGCCCGAGCCUCUCAUGACCAACAAGCUCUCUGAGACCUUCUUACAGAUAUACCAGUAUGUGCCAAAGGAUCAGCGUCUCCAGGCUAUCAAGGCUGCCAUUAUGCUUUUACCUGACGAGAACAGGGAGGUCCUACAGAUUCUUCUCUAUUUCCUGAGUGAUGUCACAGCUGCUGUGAAGGAGAACCAGAUGACACCAACAAACCUGGCGGUGUGCUUAGCACCUUCCCUCUUCCAUUUAAACACUCUCAAAAGAGAGAAUUCCUCCCCAAGGGUGAUGCAAAGAAAACCGAGUCUGGGAAAACCUGACCAGAAAGACCUAAAUGAAAAUUUGGCUGCAACACAAGGGCUAGCCCAUAUGAUUGCUGAAUGCAAGAAGCUCUUCCAGAUACCUGAAGAAAUGAGCCAGGGCCGGAACUCGUACACGGAGCAGGACCUCCGUCCCCUCAGCCUGGAAGAGCUCCGGGGCAGCAGCAGCACCAUGGAGCCCUCUGACUACCACUGCUACCUCCAGGACUGCAUGGACGACUUGCUGAAGGAAAUGAAGGAGAAGUUUAAGGGCUGGGUCAGCUGUUCCACCUCAGAGCAAGCAGAUCUGGCCUACAAAAAGGCAUGUGAAGGUCCCCCACUCCGAUUAUGGAAAACUACAAUUGAAAUUGCUGCUACACCAGAGGAAGUUUUAAAUCGUUUACUUAAAGAGCAGCAUCUUUGGGAUGAAGAUCUUAUAGACUCAAAAGUAAUUGAACCUUUGGAUAGUCAGACAGAUAUAUACCAAUAUGUCCAGAACAGCAUGGCUCCUCACCCAGCCAGGGACUUUGUCAUCUUAAGAACGUGGAGGACAAACUUCCCCAAAGGAGCUUGUGUGCUUUUAGCAACUUCAGUGGAUCAUGACCGUGCUCCAGUGGCGGGUAUCAGAGUCAAUGUGCUCCUGUCUAGGUAUCUGAUUGAGCCCUGCGGGUCAGGAAAAUCUAAACUUACCUACAUGUGUAGAAUUGAUUUAAGGGGUCACAUGCCAGAUUGGUACACCAAGUGUUUUGGACACUUGUGUGCAUCUGAAGUAGUUAAGAUACGAGACUCUUUCACUCAUCAGAGUCUUGAGAACAGGGAAAUAAAAUCCAGGUGACUACUGAAGAAGAGGAACGGCUGCACACUCCAGACCUCAGCAACAUAGAUGUUACCCAAAACAGAGGCUCAUCUGCUACAGACCAUCUGCAAGUCAUGUCAUGAAAGGAUGACAGCAUGAGAACUUGACUGUGAGCAUUGUCUGUGGCCAUACCAUACACUUUAAAGCUGCUUCCUGUCUGUUUAAGGUCUAUAGUGUAGACCUUGACUGGAAUACAUACGAGGAUUGUACAAAAAAAACAAAGUAUUGUACUAUUAGGUGGUUUGAAUUGCUUCUGAGAAGCAAAAUUCUUUAGAUGCAAAAUGUAUUAUGAAAUAUGGUGAAGGCUCAUCAUUCCCACAUGAAAUGCUUGGCUUUAUGUACAUACCCAUGUCAUUUUAUUUGUAGCGUGUUGAGGGACUUAUGUAUCCACUGGAAUAGUUGGUACUCUUCAAUGUGUUCUCACUGAGAUAAGCAGAGAAAGGUCUGCACAGAGAUUAAAGAGUGAAUGAGUGUAUUGUUGGUUGAAAGGAUAGUAGAAGUUGAACUUGAAAUGUGUCUGGUACACUGAUAGGCAGCCAGGAUGGAUUUUGGUAUACUGGAUACAGUUGCCUCUCCUGUGGACCAGGAGUAGCCAUCCUUCCCAUUUGUCCAUUCUGCUGAGCUCUAACUCUGUUAAAACCCUUAUGCAGAUGUUACAGUAGGCUUGCUCUGGCUACUGUUCACUCCUUAUCCAAAUGGUCUUUUGGGAGUGAAGGCAAUUCUAUAGCAACUUUAAGUAAAUAAAUAUACUUUGAAACAACGUAGCAGCUUAGAAAUGAAAUGCCUACUUAACAAGCAAGAGAGCUGGUAGUGUCAAUUGUUAUAGUGCCAAAAAAUAUUUGUAGAUUUUACCCUCACUAAUUAUAUGUAUGUGUUUUAAUGAGCCGUUAAAUAUUUUACCAUCUUCUAAUAGCUCAAGAGGAAAAAUUAAACACUGGAGUCACAGGACUCUUGCAGCAGCGGAUGGAGUGAGUUGGAUAGAAGACUUUUGUAGGAGUUUCCUCCCUUUCUCUCUCCUUUGCUGUUUUCUUAAAAGCUGCACGCUAACGUGAACAGAACCUGAAUGUGAGCAAUUUAGAGGGGUACAGCUGGGGGCAGAGAGAAGGGUGAGAUUUUGUUUUGGGUUUUAUUUGCUUUUAAUUCCUUUGGGAUAUCCCCCCCCCACAUCCCUAACAAUUAAAGUAUGUGAACUGUAGGAAGUGUUGAGGUCCUCCAGAAAGGUGUUGUUCAGUAGGUGUUACUGUAAAGGUGAGGUGCAGUAUUAAGUGAUAAAUGUAUUUUGUGGCAAGAGUAUGAAUGAGUGGAAAGAUGGAAUUUUGACUGAGACUUUGUUACCAUUGUCAGUAUUAUUUUAAGCUUUCUGAUGAAGAUUUUUUUUAAUUAAAAUAAAUAAUGUAGUACUUCCAGUAAUAGUGUUCCUCAUGAGUAGGAAAACCUUGUAUAUUCUUCUACAACAAACACUUCUGAAUUUGUAAAAUUGUAUGUUGUACAUACCAUUCUAUUGUAAACAUGUAUACUUGCCCACAGUGUACUGUCAAACAUAGAUAAAGCAUGGUAAAGAUUAUUUAAAAUAUACCUGUAUUUAUACCUCAGAUAUUCUUUUUGGGUUUUUGUACCUCAAGUAUGUUUUCUAUUGUAAAUGUGCUUUACACAAUUAUGAUGUAAGUGAGAGAAAGGAAGAUGUUUAACUUGCUAUAGAUGUCUGUACAGAAUAUAUCCAAUAAGUGCACUAUUAAAUGUUUAAAAAAGA